CGUUCAAGUUUAAAGAAUCAGUAUGAUAUAAAUGAUGGAAUGUUUGUAAACAAAUCUAUUGCAAAAUUCAGUUGUUAUAACUUUAUGGAUAUCUGUAACAUAUCGUUAUCACCUGAAUAAUCUAUUGCCUUAUGGUUAUCAAAUUCUGAUUUCUUUUUUCUACUAAAAUGAUGAAUAAUCCUAGGAUAUAUUUACCACUAUUUAACCUGCAUUAUAAACUCUCAAGAUUCUUUUCCUUAUCAUCUUCUAGACGAGCUCAAUUUUUUGGAAAUUCUGAAGAGGCAAUUUCUGAUAUUCCAAAUGGAUCGAAGUUGCUCUUGGGAGGAUUUGGCUUAUGUGGAAUUCCGGAAAAUCUCAUUGGCGCUCUUGUGAAAAGAGGUUUAAAUGAUUUAACUAUUGUCAGUAAUAAUGCAGGAGUUGAUAAUUUUGGCCUAGGUUUAUUACUUCAAAAGAAACAAAUAAAGAGGAUGAUUUCUUCUUAUGUUGGUGAAAAUGCUGAAUUUGAAAGACAAUAUUUAUGUGGAGAUUUGGAAUUGGAAUUUGUACCUCAGGGCACUUUAGCUGAAAGAAUAAGAGCUGGUGGUGCUGGCAUACCUGCAUUUUAUACACCUACAGCUUAUGGAACUCUGGUAGAAGAAGGUGGUGUUCCUUUGAAGUAUAAUCCUGAUGGAUCAAUAGCUUUAGCGAGUGAAUCAAAAGAAGUAAAGGAAUUCAAUGGACGUUCGUACCUACUUGAAGAAGCUAUCACAGGAGACUUUGCCUUGAUAAAAGCAUGGAAAGCUGAUAAAUUUGGAAAUUUAAUAUUUAGAAAAUCUACUCCAAAUUUUAAUAUUCCAAUGUGCAAAGCUUCAAAAGUAACUAUUGCUGAGGUUGAAGAAAUUGUAGAAAUUGGGGAAUUAAAUCCAGACCAUGUUCAUGUUCCUAGCAUUUAUGUACAAAGAGUAGUUCUCGGUGAAAAAUUUGAAAAAAGAAUAGAAAGAUUACGCUUUCAGACAAAUCAGGGUUCUGGGCUGAAAACUCCAGCUGCUAAAAUUAGAGAAAAAAUCGUAAAAAGAGCAGCAUUAGAAUUCCAAGAUGGCAUGUAUGUUAAUUUGGGAAUUGGUAUGCCUGUAUUAGCAAGUAAUUUCAUUCCUCCUAACAUUACUGUCCACCUUCAUAGUGAGAAUGGUGUCCUAGGACUGGGUCCAUAUCCAUUAGAAAAUGAACAAGAUGCUGAUUUAAUAAAUGCUGGCAAAGAAACUGUUACUGUACUUCCUGGUGCAUCAUUUUUCCCAAGUGAUGAAUCAUUUGCAAUGGUCAGAGGUGGUCAUAUUCAGCUAACUAUGUUAGGAGGAAUGCAAGUUUCAAGAUAUGGAGACUUAGCAAAUUGGAUGGUUCCUGGAAAGCUUGUUAAAGGAAUGGGAGGAGCUAUGGAUUUAGUCUCAUGUGGGAGCAGUGGUACAAAAGUAGUUGUUACUAUGGAGCACAACGCCAAAGAUGAUACGCCUAAAAUUGUAGAAUCUUGUUCUUUACCUCUUACAGGAAAAAGAUGUGUUGACAGAAUUAUAACAGAAAAAGGCGUAUUUGAUGUAGAUAAAGAAAAGGGAUUAACUCUAAUUGAAAUAGCUGAUGGAGUCAGCAUAGAAGACAUUCUAUCAUCCACAGAUUGCCAGUUUGAAAUUUCCCCAGAGCUGAAACCAAUGGGACAGAUUUAAUUUUUACUUCCAAUAAAGAAAUUCUAAUUUUUUUGUGAUUGUCAGAACACUGAUAGUGGUUUGACUUUGUUAUAUAAUGUAAAUAAAUGUUUCUACUUACUGUUGUAACAUUUUUCUAAAUUACAUCUAUUCAGAUUUGAUCCCGUUUUUAUAAAAAGCUUGUGUGCAGCUCUUUUGUUUAAUUUUUGAUAGAGUUGAAGAAUUAUUUGAAAUCUAUCUUCUUUUAUCUGUUACUGUUUUUUGCAUUGAAAUUAAAUUUUCAGUUUUUA